UCCAGCGGAUCUUAACAACCAGCUAUCAACCAGCUGUCAAAAAGUUGCAUUUUCGCACGAGCGAUGCCGAAAUAACCAUGGCACUGAAACCCUCCUUUAGCAUCUUUCUCCGACUCAGCAAAUGUACAUAUAAUGCACGACAUUCAAACUCUCUUGCCUCCAUCCGCUUAUAUGCUACUCAUGCAAAGCACGACAACACCCACGUAUCUGUGGACAAGAUCCGCAAUAUUGGCAUAGUAGCACACAUCGACGCUGGGAAAACAACAACCACAGAGCGUAUGCUCUACUAUGUUGGGUACACGAACCGAAUAGGAGAGGUCGACGAAGGCAACACAGUCACCGACUUUCUCAAACCCGAACGUGAACGAGGCAUCACGAUCACCUCAGCAUGUAUUCCCUUCUCAUGGCGAUCUCACCGUAUAAAUCUCAUUGACACACCUGGGCACGUCGACUUUACAAUAGAGGUCGAGCGAAGUAUGCGGGUUUUAGAUGGAGCGGUUUGUGUCCUGGACGCCGUAGCAGGUGUUGAAGCCCAAACGGAGACUGUGUGGCGCCAGGCAAAUCGGUACGCUGUCCCACGGAUUGCGUUUGUGAAUAAAAUGGAUAGGGACGGGGCGGGCUUAGGACGAACCGUGGCCGCCAUGGCAAAGAGGCUCACGGGAUGGGGACAACCGUUGAUAUGUCAGUGGCCGGUUGUCAAGGAUGGGACAGCUCAUAUUAGCGGUCCUGGAUCAGGUGGACCUGGGUUUGAAGGCGUUGUGGAUCUUGUGACAAUGGAGAUUUUGGAUUGGAAGCAUGAGCCAAAGACUGGAAGUGUAGUAACGCGCAAACAACUGAGUGACAGUAGCCACGAGGUAGAUGGGAAGCGGUUAUACGAGGAGGUGGUGGCCGGUCGAACCUCGCUGGUGGAGAAACUGUCAGAGCUCGAUGAUGGGAUCGUCGACACAUUUUUGGAACACGAAGGUGACCAUAUGAAAGUUCCUGCAAAGGAUAUUCAUGCCGCUUUGAGGAGGGUCACUCUGAGCGGCAAAGGCGUUCCAGUGUUCUGUGGGGCAUCGUUCAAGAACAUUGGCGUACAGCCGGUUCUAGAUGCCGUAGUGGAUUAUUUACCCUCUCCCAAAGAGCGAUCUCCUCCUGAAGGAGUUACGGGAGAUGGGACCAAAGUUCAAGUAUCACUUGGGGACAGUGAAUUAUGUGCUUUGGCCUUCAAAAUUACCCAGGACCCAAGGCGCGGUCCACUAGUAUUUGUCCGUGUCUAUUCAGGUGUUUUGGAGCGUGGAGAGACCCUCUUGAAUUCGAGCCAGAACAAAAAGGAGCGCGCGGCAAAAGUUCUUCAAAUGUACGCUGAUGACUAUGAGGAAAUUCCCAAUGUCACAGCUGGUAACAUUGCUGCCAUAGCUGGGUUGAAAGAUACACGCACGGGUGACACACUCCUAUCCUCUCGCAGCAAGCGCAGACUUUGUCUCGACACUAUCACGAUACCCCCUCCUGUUUUCGUUCGUUCCUGCGAACCCGCUACUUCGGCAGAUGAACGGGCACUGGAACAGGCAUUAAAAGCCCUUGUGAGAGAGGAUCCCUCUGUUCAUGUUUCGUUUGAUGAGGAGACUGGGCAGACGCUUUUGAGCGGUAUGGGCGAGCUACAUUUGGAGAUUACUGCGGAUAGAUUGAAGGAAGUGCAUCGUGUCAAUUGCCAUAUGGGCAAAGUGCAGAUUAGCUACAGAGAAACGAUCUCGUCUGAAGGACUGUCUCCUGAUGGCACGAUUGAAGAAACAUUCCUUCAUGAUCGGGAAUCAUUUGGAAAGAGAGCCAAAGCAGAGGUUUCGUUUUCCCUGGAACCAAUUGUCGAUCCCCAGGCUACUGACGAGGAGUUGAUUGACACCAGAGGCCCGACGGGUGGAAACGAGAUCAACUGUAAGCUUAAAUCAAAGCAAAUUCAAAGUGCUUUGGAUGACGCACAAGGGCCUGUACCUGGUCAAAGGGGAUAUGCACCUCUUUUAGAGAUGGAGGCAGCGUUACGCGCCGGAAUCGAAGGUGCAUUAGGUCGAGGACCGUUGUUAGGAUUUCCACUGACGAAUCUCCGGAUCACCUGCACUGGCAUUCGAGUGUUUGGUCCUGAGCUCUCCACACCGUCCGCCAUUCGUGCAGCGGCACAUCGAGGUUUACAUGCAGCUAUUCGGGCAGCGGGAGGAUCACGCCUGCUGGAGCCUAUUAUGGAAGUAUCGGUCCGCGUGCCAGAGCGUUACGUAGGCGUGGUCGCAAAGGAUAUCUCCGGCAUCCGUCGUGGACAGAUCUUGUCUCUUGGCGCAGAUAAUGAUGUAGCAGACGAUGGGAACAGCGAUUAUGCGUAUCGUAAUGUGGAAGCCUUAGUGCCGCUUGCUCAACUGGUCGGAUAUGCAAGUAGUUUGAGGGGAUUAACAGCCGGCACUGGAGAUUUUACAAUGGUGUUGCAGGGAUAUGGCGUAAUGCAGGGCGAUAGGGAAAAGGAAGUUUUGAAAGAGAUUCGGGGCUAUUAAUUCACCAAAUGCCGGGCGAGUUGAACGUGCACGAUCAACUAUCAUUUGCAAAUCUUAUCCGCAUUCUACAUUUCCUAUACAUCAACAUUCAAUAUAAUUCUUGGCUUGCGCA